AGAGGUCCUCGGAUCCUGCGAGGUUUCGGCAGGCAUAUAGUAUAAAAGCGCGUCUUCGCAGACGAUAGUAUAACAAGACAACAACCGUAGUCAACAUGCACGCUUUGCAAGUCACCGUUUGUGCGAUCCUCGUCGCGCUAGCCGCAGGCGUUCCGUUGAAAGAAGAUGAAGUAGUACCGAUUCUCUAUCACAAUUCAAACGGGCCUGAACCAGACGGCUCGUACUCUUACAGCUUUGAGACCGGAAAUGGUAUCCGCGUUAACGAACAAGGCGAGCCAAGGAAGAGCUCGCAAAAGGAUUCCGAAAGCGAAUAUGCCCUUUACGUGCAAGGAUCAUUCAAUUAUCCAAGUCCCGAUGGUACUCCAAUUUCAUUAAACUACGUCGCCGAUGAAAACGGAUUCCAACCUCAAGGAGAACAUCUGCCAACUCCACCACCUGUACCGGAAGCCAUCUUGAGAGCUCUCGAUUACAUUGCCGCUCAUCCCGAGGAAGACAAACAGAGGAAGUGAAUGAUUUUAUUCCCUUUGCAACAAAAUAAGAAAGAUAUCUCGGACGAAUAACUAAUCGAACAGUGAUCGACAUCCUUUUUUUUUUCUUGUAUCAUCGCUUCGUUUAUUGUUCGAAGAACGAAAGAACGAACGAACAAAGAACGAUGCUUUCAUAUAACGGAGACAACGAACUAUGGAUUAGUUUGAAGAUAAACAAUGAAGAGUUUUUCUUCUUUUUCUUUUUUAUUUUAUUCUUUUUAUAUAUCGUUAUAAAGGAUACCACAAGACGAGAGUGUUCGUCCGGAUUUA